AUGUCCGACCACUCGGCUGCCACCAUGCAGCAGCGGCGCGACGAGAUCCUGGCCAAGAAGGCGAAGCUGGCCGAGCUCAAGCGCCAGCGCGAGAUGCGCCAGAAGGAGUUCACCGCCAGCCGCCAGAGCAUGUCCGACGCGUCCGAUCUAGUGUCGCCCACCCCGAGCCGAGCUGACAGCAGACGCGAGCUAGACAACCUGAUCCAGAGCCUAGUCGAGGGCCGUCCUGGCUCCGGUGGCCCCAGGGACCCUUCGUCGCCCGCCGGCGGCAGGGGCAGCAGGCCGACCUCGGUCGUCAGCGCCGGCCAGCUGUCCAGCAUCGCCGGCGAGACCUUCGACAGCACGAGCUCGCCCCCGGCCUCCACUCCGACGACCACCACCGUCCCGCAGAUGCUGACCAUUGCCCCGCUCACCACCGUCUACGAGUCCCCCUCGACCCCGAAGCCUGAGAUCAUCACCUACAGCAAAGGUGUGCAGACCACAGAGCCAUGGACCCCUCCUCAGCGGCGCACGUCGGUGGCCUCCACAUCCGAACCAGAGCCGGACGGCCCCGACUGGUCCCCGUCCAAGGCAAAGAGAGCAAGCAAGCGCAUGAGCAGGAUGGAGCGCCAAAGGGACGAGGAGCUGCGUCAAAAUCUGAGGAAGGAAAUCGAGGAGGAGCUGAAGGCUCUGCAGAACGAGGGUGCUGUUGACGACGACGCGGCGGAGCCAAAAUUCCCCGCCCGGGCACUGAACGACGAGGAGCUCAACGCCGUGACCUCUUCGGACGAUUUCUUGGAUUUCGUUGAGCGGUCCAGCAAAGUCAUCGAGCGAGCGCUAGACGAGGAGUACGACCUCCUCGUAGACUACGCGCUGGCCGGGGUUGAGGAGGUGGAUGACGAUGACGAUGGCUUCGGCACGGCAAAGGGCAAGAAGGGGCGGCGGGUACGCGAGAUCACACAAUUCUACGACGAGCGGUGGAGCAAGAAGCGUAUGAUCAGUGACCUCAGCUUCUCGCAAAAGUUCCCGGAGCUGGUGCUGGCUUCCUACACGAAGAACCCGUCGGCACCGCAUGAUCCCGAUGGCCUCAUCCAAGUCUGGAAUAUGCACAUGCACGACCGUCCCGAAUACAUUUUCCACGCCCAGUCCGAUAUCCUCACUGCUCAGUUCUCGCCCUUCCAUCCCAACCUCAUCAUUGGCGGUGCAUACAGCGGCCAGGUCCUUCUUUGGGACACGCGUGCCAAGUCACAGCCCGUGCAGAAGACACCCCUCACCGGCUCCGGCCACACACAUCCGGUUUAUGCCAUUGACAUUGUUGGAACGCAAAACGCCAACAACAUCAUCUCGUGCUCCACCGACGGUGUGGUUUGCGGCUGGACGGUUGACAUGCUUUCCCAACCGCAGGAAUUCCUGGAGCUCAUUUCGCCGCCUCCCGCGAAGACGGAGGACAUGGCACCUACGUGCAUUGCCUUCCCGCAAGCUGAUCCCACUUAUUUCCUUGCCGGGACCGAAGAAGGCUCCAUCUAUCCCUGCCACCGCUACGACCGCGCAGGCGCCAAGGCAGGCGUCGAUACCCGUGUAGCGUAUCGGGGCCACGCCGCCCCUGUCAUGUCGCUGGACUUCCACCCAGCCCGUGGUCCGAUCGAUCUGGGCGACCUUGUUCUGUCGUCUAGUGUCGACUGGACCGUCAAGCUGUGGAAGGUGCGCCCGCCGGCGGCUACGGCCACUGUGGCGUCGAGCGGUCCUGGUAGCGCCCCGCAGGCGCAAGCACCGUUGUACGAGUUCGUACGCGAGGAUCUCGUCUAUGACGCGCGCUGGUCGCCCGUCAAACCCGGUGUCUUCGCUUUGGUCGAUGGCGCCGGCAGUCUCGAGAUCUGGGACGUCAACAUCGAUGUCGAGGUGCCCGUUGCCAAGACGUCUCCAAGCGACAAGCGUGGUGUCAACUUCAUGGCCCGCAGUCUGAACAGGGUCUCAUGGGAGAAGAACGAGGGCAAGCGCCUUGCUACCGGCGGUCUUGACGGCGUCGUCACCGUCUUCGAGGUGGGUGCUGAGCUGGGAGGGCAAGACAACCUGAGGCAGGAAGAGUGGACCGGUGUGAAGAAAUUCGUGCAGAGGCUGGACACGGCAGGUGGCGUUGUAACGAACGGAACUGGCAAGUAA